AUGGCCCCCGAAUUUGAAGCCAUUCCAUUCUUCUUCCGAAAUUUCAUCACCCUCCCUCAAGAAGCAGAAUCUUUGCGCGGCUACCUCGAACUACUCGUCCCCUUGUAUAACCGCGCCCAACCAUUUUCCGCCCUUCACCUCGCCACUAGCGCCGUAGCCCUUGCCACGUGUGGAAACUACCCUGGAAGGCAGCAUCUUCUACGCGAUGCUGCUACCACGUACGGGAAAGCCAUCCGCAGACUCAAUGAAGAUCUUAAACAUCCCCACCUAGCUAAAUCCGAUGAGAGUGUACUGGCGACGUUGCUCUUCUCCUUGUAUGAAACCAUCAUGAGCACGGAUGAUACGAUUACCGCGUGGGGCAACCAUGUCGACGGUGCAGUUGCAUUAACGAAACUGCGUGGGACCGAUCAAUUCGAUGAUCCCAUGAGCCACGAUGUAUUCCGCGCAGUCAGAACGAUGAUGAUUACAUCCUGCGUCCAGCGCUCCAAACCCAUCGACACCUUCCCCGGCACCACCGGCUGGCUAGCCUCUCCGCUCUCCGAAGAAAACGCCGCGAACCGCCUCACCCUAAUCUGCAUCGAGCUACCCAACAUCCGCUCCCGCGCAAACACCCUGACCAAAACCCCAUACAACGUCUCCUAUGAGGCCGAAUGCCUUUCCGUCCUCGAACUCGCCCAACUCGUCGACUCCAACCUACAGCAAUGGUACCUCACGCUGCCCCCAGAGUGGCACCACCAUACCAUCGGCAUCGUCAACGAGCCGGUGGAGGAUCCUGCAACGGCAGAACGCUGGCUAGGCGAGCAGCAUGUAUACCACGACGUCCACCUCGCCAGUAUCGUAAACGACUACCGCGUAUGCAGAGUCUUCUGCAUGCGCGUCAUCAUGGCGUGCGUCUCCUGGUUCGCCGUAAACCCAAAGCACAACCUAACCGCAGACUACGAAAAAGCCGUAUUCGUCAUCCAACAAAUGGUCGACGAGAUAUCUGCCUGCGUGCCCUUUCACAUGAACUACGAUCUCCAGCCCAUGGCCAAAGAACUCGGCCAAGAACGAAACGCCGCGGAAGCGUUCGGCGGGUACUCCCUCGUCUGGCCGCUCUACGUCGCCGCAAACGCGGAGACAGUGCCGCAGGCUCAGCGCGACUGGCUCAGCGGCAGGCUGAUGAUGAUCGGGACGAGGUUUGGCUUGACGAGUGCACAGGUGCUAGUCCUCGCGAGGAGACACGUGCUUACCUGCGGGCCGAUGUUUCCUUGA